AUGGCGAGUUCUGUGGUGCACUGCACGUCGCCUUUGGCGCAGUUGUGGUAUUACUCUCCCCCGGCGUCGGAGGUCAGAGGGUCAGAGGUCACUUCGUCGAGAUCCGUUUGGGUCGGCAAAGUUGACAGUCCUGCCGACAACACCCGAGCAGCACUUCCCGCAGUUUGGCGAGCGAAUCUUUGCGGCGUGGGCUCGUAUUCCCCAAAGCUGGAGAGGUUUGACGUCGAGGCAUCAAUGAGAUGGGCGGCGAUCGCGUUCUCCCCUCUGGUGCGUCUGGGAGACAAUCAACUGCCACGUUUGCUCUCUCGCACGGUUCCAAGCAAGCGUGUACGAGACUCGAUGCAUAUGUCGUCCUUGACAACGGCAGGGGCGAGAACGGCUGUGGAUGUUGUCGGCGUGCGGAUCGAGAUGGCAUGGGAGGGUACAGAACCGUGUGUCGCUCAUUUCAACGCCGCGGGAGACUCACCCAUGCCGCGAAAAGUGCUGGAGAGGGUUCAGACACACAUGCAGAUGGAGGCUACGCUGGGAGGUUACGAGGCCGCCGCCAAUGUCCAGGACGAGCUCGAGGCUGUGUAUGAUAGUGCUGCCAAGUUGAUCAACGCGCAACCCGACGAGAUUGCAUUACAGGAGAGUGCAAGUAUGGCCUGGGCCAGAGCUUUCUAUGCUCUGGUGCAAGGUCUAUCCCCUGGUGACCGUAUCGUCACCGGCAUGGUGGAAUACGGCGCAAAUUACGUUGCAAUGCUUCAGGCAUGCAAGCGAACCGGCGCCGUAGUUGAGGUUAUACCUUCUAACGAGUCUGGAGAAUUAGACGUUGUGGCUUUGGAGGAGAUGCUGGCUAGAGGAGGGGUCAAGGCUGUUGCCAUCACGCACGUGCCAACAAAUGGAGGAGUGGUAAAUCCGGCGAAAGCAGUGGGUGAUGUCUGCCGGCGGUUCGGGGUGCUCUACAUUUUGGACGCAUGCCAGUCCGUGGGACAGCUGCAAGUGGACGUUGAAGACAUAGGGUGUCAAGUGCUCUGCGCAACCGGUCGAAAGUUCCUAAGAGGUCCUCGCGGCACGGGGUUUCUGUACAUUGCACGAGAGGCGAUGGCCACAAUCGGUGAGCCGCCCAUGAUCGACCACUAUGCGGCACCUUGGGUGGAAACCGAGCGAUACGAGCUGCGUAACGACGCGAGAAGGUUCGAGUUCUGGGAGUCUAACGUCGCGGGGCGACUCGGACUAGGGGUAGCAAUCCGCUACGCCAUGGACAUAGGUAUGGAGUUGAUCGAGGAUCGCAUCCGCCAGCUGGCCGUCUCGCUCCGCGAAAGGCUCGAAAACGAGCCGGGCGUUUCCCUCAUGGACCUGGGAAGAGUCGAGAACCAAUGCGGCAUCGUGUCGUUUACGGUGCCCGGGGUGGACCCGAGCGACAUCAAGCAAGGGUUACGGCUGGAAAGGGUGUUCGUUUCGACAUCCAGUGCCGGAAGCACGCCUCUCGACGCUGAAAACAGGGCUCUGCCAACCGUGGUGAGAGCGAGCGUCCACUACUUCAACAACGAUGGAGAUUUAGACAGACUCAUGUCGGUGUUGCACGAUGUCAUCCAAGACGCGCCAAGAUAAAGCG